CCUCCACAUAUUUCAGGUUUAGCAGGCUGUGUUCAGCUCAAUCAGCUUCUUUGUUCCCCCUCUGCUUUGGGUGGGUCCAUUGACAGAACAUUUACCUGAUAUUUACAUGUGAACUGAAACUAGUUCCUAUUCCGAGGAAGAGAAACUCAAAGUUGUUACUGACGGCAGAAAUGGAGAAGAGAGGAGUUCAGCAGGAGAAAUUCUCUUGUUCCAUCUGUUUGGAUCCACUGAAGGAUCCGGUGACUAUUCCCUGUGGACACAGUUACUGUAUGAACUGUAUUAAAGACCACUGGGAUGGAGAAGAUCAGAGGGGAAUCUACAGCUGCCCUCAGUGCAGGAAAGAGUUCAAACCGAGACCUGAUAUGGAGAAAAACAUCCUGUUAUCAGAGUUGGUGGAGGAUCUAAAGAAGAUUAAGCCCAAACCUGUUCCACAUGUUGACUGCUAUGCUGGACCUGAAGAUGUGGUCUGUGAUGUCUGCACUGGGAGGAAGAGGAAAGCUGUCAAGUCCUGUUCAACGUGUCCAGCUUCCUACUGUGAGAAUCACCUCCAACCUCACUAUGAUGCUCCACCAUUAAAGAAACACAAGCUGGUGAAUCCCUCCAAGAGUCUCCAGGAGAUCUUCUGCUCUCGUCAUGAUGAGGUGAUGAAGAUCUUCUGUCGUACUGAUCAGCAGUGUAUCUGUUAUCUCUGCACUAUGGAGGAACAUAAACACCAUGAAACAGUCCCAGCUGCAACAGAAAGAGCUGAGAAGCAGAAGAAGCUCCAGGAGAGUCGACAACAAAUCCAUCAGAGAAUCCAGGACCAAGAGAAAGAUGUGAAGCUGCUUCGACAGGAGGUGGAGGCCAUCAAUGUCUCUGCUGAUAAAGCAGUGGAGGACAGUGAGAAGAUCUUCACUGAGUUGAUCCGUCUCCUCCAGGAAAGAAGCUCUGAUGUGAAGCAGCAGAUCAGAUCCCAGCAGGAAACUGAAGUGAGUCGAGUCAAAGAUGUUCAGGAGAAGCUGAAGCAGGAGAUCACUGAGCUGAAGAGGAAAGACGCUGAGCUGGAGCAGCUCUCACACACAGAGGAUCACAACCAGUUUCUCCUCAACUACCCCUCACUGCCAGCACUCAGUGAGUCUACACACUCAUCCAGCUUCAACAUCCGUCCUCUGAGACACUUUGAGGACGUGACAGCAGCUGUGUCAGAGCUCAGAGACAAACUACAGGAUGUUCUGAGAGACUCAUGGACAAACAUUGAACUGAAGAUCACUGAGGUGGAUGUUUUACUACUUCGACUUAAUACCAGAGAUGGAUUCUUAAAAUAUGCGCAAAAAAUCACUCUGGAUCCAAACACAGCUCACAGAAAUGUGUUACUAUCUGAGAGAAACAGAAAAGUAACUAGAACUGACCAACAACAGUCUUAUCCUGAUCAUCCAGACAGUUUUUCUAGAUGUAGUCAGGCCCUCAGUAGAGAGAGUCUGACUGGACGUUGUUACUGGGAGGUGAAAAGGAGGGCAGGAGAAGUUUAUGUAGCCGUUUCAUACAAGAACAUCGGUAGCACAGGAGGAUUUGGAUUCAGUGACAAAUCUUGGUCAUUACGCUGUGACACACAAGGUUACAUAUUUUGUCAUAACAACAUUUUAACUCCAGUACCAGGUCCAGUUUCCUCCAGACUGGGAGUGUACCUGGACCACAGAGCAGGUAUUCUGUGUUUCUACAGCGUCUCUGAAACCAUGACUCUCCUCCACAGAGUCCAGACCAGAUUCACUGAGCCUCUAUAUGCUGGGAUUUGGCUUGUAUGUGAUGAAUCAUCUGCUAAAUUUAUUAAACUGAAAUAGUUGGCAGUUUUAGUUUCUUUUAUUUUCAUCAUUGUCACUGCUGAGAAGAGUGUCUCUAUGGAGCUUCUUUGUCGUCUAGUUUGUUUUGUUGUUGUUGGAGUUUUCUUAGGUGCUGCCCCUUCCUGUUUCUGUUCAGCCAUGGAGGCUACCUCUGAUUUUGAUUCACCUGAACUCAUUUCAUUUAUAGUUAUUGUUUUGUCAGACCAAAUGAUUUUAUUCAAUUCAGGGGUGGGCUGGAGUUGAAGUUCAGUCCAAACAUGAGGCUUUUUAUCUCACUGCAAAAGUGGAACCGUAAUUUUAAAACAAGAACUUUAUUUUUAUUGCUUCAUACUUUUAAUGCUUUUGUUAUAUUUAUAGAUUUCUACCAAUAAACAUUGCUAAAUUGCCUUGUACAAAAGUUGUCUACUGUUUCUAUAUGCUUAUCCAGGAGGAGUGAAUGGUACAGUUUAAAUACACAAUUAUGAGAUAAAAGAAAUAAUACUUACAUUAAUUAGAUGUUGCUGUUAAAUACAAUCUUUGGAGGUGACAUGUCAUAUAGUUUGUGUCGUCAACAAAAUAUAUAUUGAAAGAAAAACACAUUCCGAUUCGGCCUGAAAC